AUGACGGCUCUAUAUUGCAGAAUACCCAGCAAUUAUGGGUUGCCCGCAAUGGUCGCAGAGGAAGUUCUGCGUUGCCCCAAAUGUUCGGAUCGCCUCAUCCCGCAAUUGCUUGACAUCAACGAGCAAGGCGAGCAAAAUGUUUGGUGGGUGUGCGCGGCGAUGAAUGAGAACCCGAAGUCGUGCAAUUUUCCACUGGCAAUGCCUCCAGACGUCUUUUGGGUGAAACGGACAGCGAGAGACAUUAGAAUGAACAUCAUCCCACGUCCAAAGAUUACUAAGCUGCCAAAGAAAUUUCAUUACCUCUACCCUGGUCUUUUUUCAUCGAGAGAAUCAUCGCGCUCGUCCCACUCGUCGAGUUUAAGAUCAAAGAAGCGGAAAGCAUUAACAAGAUCCGAUGGAAUCUCGGCAGGCUCUUCUGACUCCGGUCAUCGGCCUUUAACGCCAAUGAUAUCUUCUGAAAGAUCGAUAUUUCUUGUUACACAGGAAGAAGUGACGCCAGUAGCAAAUGUAUCAUUGGACAAUAGCGCUUUUAUGAUCGACAAAAUGACUGAACCUCUCUCUACUUCAUUUGCCACAGUUUCUGAGUCUCCGCAACGCUGCGUUUCUCCAGGAAUCGGUGAAUUAUUUGCCACUCCACCACAGAGCAGCAAAAAAGGUGUUGUCGAAAUAGUUGAUCAAGCCAAUGUGAGCACUACCGGCAACAGGAUUGCACAAGACGCCAAAAAGUUGGAGAAACGCUUGCAUAAACCGUUGAAUACUCUACAACAAAGAAAUGUUUCAAGACGUCAGGCCAAGGGACUAACACUUGCGCCAGCCCCUAUGAUUCUCAAAGCUACGACGCCCUUCGAGAAAACGAAAGCUGCUUUGACUCUUAUGCACUCAGCUCCAACUGAAAUCCCCGAAUCAUUCAUUCAAGCAAGUCGGAAGUUGGCAGUGGCAGGUGGAUACAAGCAACGGAUUUCCCAGUGGAAUCGCAACUCAGCGGUGGAUCAUUUGAGAAGCGAACACAGGUCUAAGCCUCAAAAGCUGAUCAAGCGGCCACGUGGUGAUGCUGAUUACAUGGUAAGAAAUAACGCCGAUGAGAUGGAGCUGCCUAAGCCCGAGAAUGAAAACAUGCAACACAUAGAGAUGGAAGUUCGUCACAGGCUAACUGCGAAGAUGUUGCAAUAUGGUUACGGCGGUGGAAAAGCGGCCGAUGAAAUGAACUAUCUGAUGGGCCACGAAUAUGGAGAACAAUCGAUGGCCUCGCAAACGAGUGAAUUAUCGAAUUCUCAAGAACAACAAGUGGUAUCCAUGCAACCAGUGAAAAACGAGGAAGCAAUGGAGCAAAUAGAACACGAGAACUGGUUUAACGAAGUCGACAACUUGGAUUUGUCUGUAUAUGGAGAGCAAUCCAAUUCUAAUCGUUGGUCAACCCUCACUCAAGCAUCCACUUCAACCACAGAGGUUUUCAGUGGUGCUUUCGAGGAUUCAAUAACAGAUGAUGAUCAAUUUGAUGAUCUCUACCCCUGGAAUCAUCAUGGA